ACAGUCGUGCGUCCAAAUUAUCAAAACCCCAAAAGGGGUUUCUUAAGGGUUUUCAGUUUACAGAUAAUCGGAUUUCAACUUUCCGGCAAGCAAUGGCGGCAAGCGGAGGCGGAGGGAGAGCAAUUAGGGUUCUGAACGUAGCGGAGAAACCAUCAGUAGCCAAAACAGUAUCCGGAAUAUUAUCAAGAAACCAGGGUUUAAGAAUGAGAGAGGGCAGAUCACGCUACAACAAAAUCUUCGAGUUCAAUUACGCGAUUCAAGGCCAACCGUGCCAGAUGAUGUUCACAUCCGUCACCGGACAUCUCAUGGAGAUGGAGUUCGAAGGCCGUUAUCGGAAAUGGCACUCUUGUGAUCCCGUUGAUCUGUUCGAAGCACCGAUUCGGAAACAUGUUCCUGAGGACAAGUUAGACAUCAGAAGGACCUUAGAGGAGGAAGCUAGAAAAUGCCAAUGGCUUGUCUUGUGGCUCGAUUGUGAUCGAGAAGGAGAAAACAUUGCUUAUGAAGUUGUAGAAGUUUGUUUAAAUGUGAAUUCUCAUCUUAAUAUUUGGAGGGCGCGUUUCUCAUCUUUAAUUGACAGGGAAAUUCACCAAGCUGCACAACAGCUUGCUCGGCCUAAUCAGUUGUUUUCUGAAGCUGUGGAUGUUAGACAGGAGAUAGACCUCCGAAUUGGUGCAUCCUUUACAAGAUUUCAAACAAUGCUACUGAAAGAUGCAUUUGAUUUUAAUUUUUCUACAGAUGGCAGAAACCUUAUUCUGAGUUAUGGUCCUUGUCAGUUUCCCACACUGGGAUUUGUUGUUGAACGGUACUGGGAGAUACAAGCACAUGAACCUGAAGAAUUUUGGAAGAUCCAGUGUUCUCAUACAACUGAUGAAGGCACUGCCAACUUUAAUUGGAUGCGUGGACAUUUAUUCGAUUAUACAUGUGCAGUAUUGCUUUAUGAGAUGUGUUUUGAAGAACCUAUUGCAACCGUCACAAAAGUUAGAAAGCAGGAGAAAUUAAAAUAUCCUCCUCAUCCUUUAAACACCAUCGAACUAGAGAAGCGAGCAUCACGUUAUUUUAGGAUGAGUUCUGAACAAACAAUGAAGAUUGCAGAAGACCUUUAUCAGUCUGGUUUUAUAAGUUAUCCCCGUACAGAGACUGAUUCCUUUUCAACAAGGACUGACUUACAUAUACUUGUACAAGAACAACAGGAGCAUCCCGUGUGGGGCCCAUACGCUCAGCGACUCUUGGAUCCGUCGUCAGGACUCUGGAGGAAUCCAAGUGGCGGCGGGCAUGAUGACAAAGCACAUCCUCCUAUUCACCCGACAAAAUUUUCAGCCGGAGAAUCUAGAUGGAGUGAGGAUCACAAAAAACUGUAUGAGCUAGUUGUUCGCCAUUAUUUAGCAUGUGUUUCUCAACCGGCUGUUGGAGCUGAAACCACAGUAGAAAUUGACAUUGCGGGGGAGAUGUUUUCAGCAUUGGGCAGAACAAUUGUUGCUAAAAAUUAUCUGGAAGUCUACCGAUUCGAAUCAUGGGGUGGGUCUCUAAUCCCCAACUACACGUUUGGACAGCAGUUCACUCCAACAUCAUUAACUCUUGAAUCGGGGAUUACAAGGCCACCGCCCCUCUUAAGUGAAUCUGAUCUUCUAGAUUAUAUGGACAAGGCCGGCAUUGGGACAGAUGCUACAAUGCAUGAUCAUAUCAAGAAGCUGACCGAUAGGUUCUAUGCUAUAAAAGAGGGUUCACAUUUCAAGCCAACUAAUCUUGGUGAGGCGUUAGUUAUGGGAUACGAUGAUAUGGGCUACGAGCUUUGGAAGCCAUAUCUUCGCAGUAUGAUGGAGGAAGACAUGAAAGCUGUUAGCAUAGGAAACAAGAGAAAAGAUGACGUACUUGCAACAUGCUUACAGCAGAUGAAGGCUUGCUUUUUAGAUGCCAGGGUGAACAAAACGAAACUUUUCCAAGCCUUGGAAAUCUUUUUCGACCGUACAAAUAGAACAACUGGCGGAGAUGAUCAACAUAAUCAUGCACAACAGCUUGUGCGGAAAUGUGACGUUUGUCAUGACUCAGAUUUGGUUCUUAGGAAAAAACCGGAUGGAAAGUUCAUGAUUGGCUGCUCAGGUUAUCCACAGUGUAGAAAUGUCAUUUGGCUUCCUGGAUCUAUAUCAGAAGCCGUUGUUACCACAACUGUUUGCAAUAUGUGCACUCCAGGACCCGUUUUUAAGAUUCAGUUUACAUUUCGCCGGCUGGAAAUCCCACCAAACUUCAAUGUCCAUCAUUUAGGUUGUGUUGGUGGCUGUGAUGAUAUUAUGAGACAGCUUAUCGAAAUGUCUGGUUCUGGACAGCGCAAUACUUCAAGUACACCAGCAAGAGGAAGAGGGAUCGCUGCCCCUUCUAGAAACGAUUCUCGAAAUAAUAAUAAUAAUCAGCAGCAGCUGCAGCAGGCUACUUGCAGUUUCUGUCACCAAACGGGACAUAAUUCUAGUGAUUGCUAUUCUCUCACUUCUCAAAACCGUAGUGCUCGAUCUCAGAGGGUGAACUCAAAUAGCGGGGAUUCACCAAUUCCAUGCCCUACUUGUGGUUCGCUCUGCGUUUUGAAAACCGCCAACACAGAGAGCAACCGGGGAAGAAAGUUCUACUCUUGUCAGACACAGGGUUGCAAGUUCUUUGUCUGCUGGGAGGAUAGCGUCCCCACUACAAGAGGUGGCGGCAGCGGUUCAGCUACAACAACCAGCAGAAGGGGCGGUCGUGGGGGUGGUCGUGGUGGUGGUGGUGGCCAAGGUGGUGGGGAUGUGAGAUUCGUAUCAGCCACAGGUGAUCCUGUUUCUGGCAGAAGUUGCUUUAUUUGUGGUGACCCGUCACAUUUUGCAAAUGCCUGCCCAAACCGUGGUAUGCGAAACUGAUUUGGUUCCAAUUUUAUAUUGUAAAUCAUCUACAAAAAUCUGCCUUUUGUUCUUCACUAUCCAUUUAGCAUGUAACAUAGUCAUGUUUGGUGACUAAAAAUUUCUCUUUAUACCCUGUGGAAGUCAAGUUUUGUUGCAAGCUGUAAUACAUUAAAAUCUGUGAAUUUUUUGAGAUAACUGCUAGUUAUCUUGUAUA